ACACACACACUGGGGCUGUCUCUUGUAUCCGGAGAAAUGCAAUUCCCAAUCCUGCUCGCAUUGCUUUCCAUCUCAAUGGUCCGGGCCAAUCCAACAGGCAAGUGGCCCUGGCGUGUGCUGGAGAGCAAACCGGGCCCCCCGGUCAGUUUCAGGGAGGUGGCUGCCUUUAUCAAGCGCCUGGAGGCACGCAACAUUAGCCUGAGCCUGCCCUCGCACAUGCUCAGCCUGUACCGCAGUUACAGCUCGGGCAAUUACAGCGGCCUUUUGGCUCACGAACGGCCCGUGUUACCGGAGGCGGACACCGUGCGGAGCCUGGUGGCAAAAAGUUUCCAUCACAAUGGAAGCCGGUGGAUUGUCACCUUUGACAUGUCCAUGCUCGCAGCCAAUGAGAAGCUUCAAUUUGCCGAGUUGAGGAUCAGUGUGCCUGCCUUUGCGGAGUCCUGCUCUCUCCUGGAGCUCCAUCACCAAUCGGAGUAUCCAUGUGGACCAGCUACCUGUCAGGACCAGCUCUUCUUGGGCUCCUUCCCUCCUGCCUCAGUGCUGGAGGAUGCUGAGGGCUGUGCCAUUUACAAUGUCACCAACAUCCUGAGGCACUGGAUCAACCGCAGAAAGCCCAGAGGCAGGGGCAGGCUCACUGGACUCCAGUGGCCAGAGAGCCCAGUCUGCAGAAGCAAGAGGUCCCUCCCCUCCACCAGAACUGACAGCAAGACAGAGACCAAGGAGACAGCACUGCUGCUGGUGUUUUCCCAGAGACCUGAGCAGAGCUGCUCAAAGAGUUCCUCACUGCUGAAAGACGCCAAUAGCUCCAAACAUGUGCGGAAGCCCCGAAAGAGAAAGGGAUGCUGGCUGAAGCUGAAGGGCCAGGUGGUACGGCAACAAAAGAGGACUUGUGGCAGAGGGCAUAGGAAGGGUAGGGCUGAACACAGCAGAACCCCUAUUCGACGCCAUCCCCGGCAUCACGGUAGGGAUGGCAAACUGAUCCGAUGCCGGAGAAUCGAUUUUCAGGUCAAAUUCGAUAAGAUCGGUUGGGGUGCCUGGGUUAUCUUUCCAAAGAUGUAUAAUGCUUUCCGCUGUGAAGGAGAAUGCCCAUCACCAUCUGGGGAGAAUGCCAAACCCUCCAACCAUGCUUACAUGCAGAGUCUGCUCAAAUUCCAUCGCCCCACACUGGUGCCUGCCCCUUGCUGUGUUCCCAUCAAAAUGAGUCCUAUGAGUAUGCUGUACAAGGAAAACGGUGAGGUGGUGUUGCGUCAUCACGAGAACAUGGUCGUACAAGAAUGUGGCUGCCGCUGAUGAACUUACCUGCUUUCAUUUCACCAGUGUUAAGAAAUCAACAAGGGUAGUGAUGUACGCUGGGUCUCUGCUCUGCUGUGAUGCCUCGUACAGUUGAACUGCCAAAUAGCCAAAUCUGGGCUUGGAGUGGUGUGAAGGUUGAAGACUGAAACAAUUUCUGUUGGAAGUGCCAGUAUGUGAACAGAUUUUGACUGAACCGUGAUGAUUCCAGCAGACAAUUAGACAUUGGAGGAUGCCUGAUGAUACUAAUUCUCAGGAAAGAGACCAUGCCUCCAUAAAUGUAGGGCAUGGAUAGCAGGAAAGGGGAUGGAACAGAAAGGUAGAAACAUGUACGAUUGUGAGAUACUGUAAAUGAUCAAACUUGAAAAUGAUUUCUGAUUUUUUGAGCUCUUGCUUAACAUGCAAUGUCUCCAUUUAAAUAAAGCGCUUAUCAAUUGUGUUGAUUCUUGCAUUAUUCCCUUAAGCUUAGUCCAUUCACUUUUCUUUUAUACACCCUAAAUCUUCUUUGUUAUCACUGCAGGUAAAGCAAAGUGGUGCAGCUUAUUUGUAAAAAUUUCAAGUUUAAUUGUGUACUGUUGAAUUAGCAAUAGUUAGUCCUAGUGGCCUGUGGGCUUGUGGAGGCACAAGAAGGAAGGAAUCUUAUCAGGGCACCACUACAAUAAUUUUAUAGUGAGCCUCUAAGCGUAUGUAUGUUUAUCUGUGAUUACUCUGAAAGUUGAAAAGUGGUUUGCCAUUGUGUGUGAAAUAAACCUCUGAACAGGUUUUGUACCAACAAGUGGCAUAAACAACCUUAAGAUAGGUUUGUGUCUGUAAAGUGGAAAAUUUAGUGGUUAUCCUUCAAUUUUAUGAUACAUUGCUCGAUAACAACUUGCAUGUACCAUAGAAAUUAGCAUUGAGAUACUCGGAA